CAAGACAUCGGGAUGGAUAUCGUUUUCCAUAAUGGCACCAAUGGCUCGAGUCCUUGGGUUGAGUUCUACCCAUACACACCUUCUGCAACGGCUGGAUAUGCCUUCAUGGCAGUCUUUGGUAUCGCGACAGUCGUUCAUCUCGUUCUAAUGUGUCCCUUCCGUGCUGCAUACUUUAUACCCCUAGUAUUAGGCGGAAUAUGCGAAACAUUUGGCUACUACGGCAGAGCAUGGUCCCAUCAAUCCCGAACUGAAAUCAGUUCUUGGGCACUCCAAGAAAUGCUCAUUCUAUGUGCACCACCCCUCCUCGCCGCAACAGUCUACAUGGUACUCGGUCGAAUGAUACGAGCCUUCGACGCCGAGCAUCUCUCCAGCAUGCGCCCGAAAUGGCUCACAUUCGUUUUCGUCAUGAACGACGUACUCUGCUUCUGCACACAGCUAGGUGGUGCAGGUGUCCAGAUCACCGGAGAUCCUCAAGUCAUGGAUGUCGGCAAAAAAGUCGUUCUGGCAGGCUUGAUAUUCUCGUUAUUCGUCUUUGCCUUUUUCGUGGCUAUUGCAGCGACAUUCCAUCGGCGAUUGCAGCAAACCCCUACGACCAUUCUCACUAUGAAUCCAGAUCUUGCAUGGAGGCGGUAUAUGUGGACGCUAUACGUUGCUUGUGGAGCCCUGAUGGUUCGCAAUCUUGUUCGAACCAUUCAAUUUGGCGCUAAUCGGACGGCGGAUAUCAAUACGAAAGAAACGUAUAUCUAUAUCUUUGAUGCUUUCCUGAUGUUUUUGACUAUGCUUGUGUUGAUUAUCUGUCAUCCUGGGCUACUUAUCAAAAAGGCGCGACGGGCGAAGAAAGUUGUCGAAUUCAAUCAGCCUCUGGCGGGUGAUAGGAAUUCAGGGCAAGUCCCUUUGAUGGCAUAUGAGCCACGACCGAUGGCUUAGCGCGGACU